CAAAGAUUAUACGGUUUGUACGGUUUAUUCUCUAAGUGUUGCUCAAAUUCAUUGACUGGUUGAUAUUAAACUUCAAAACUGAAAAAUCUCAUUGAAAGGAACAUUCUGUAAAAUAUCACGCUGAAUUUUCCUCUACUUCGACUUUCGCUCGUACCUUGGAUAAUAGAAAACUUGGCUUCUAGAAAACAUAUUUGUUUACUGAGAGAUAGAAAAUAAUAAUAAAAUUAAUUAUAGAAUAAUUAAUAAGAUAAGAGAUAGACAAACGCUAGUUUUAUUUGUUAAGAGCUAUAUUGUCUAAUAUGUUUUCGAAGCAUGUUAACAGUUCAUAAAAUAAAGGAACUUUCACUAAAGUAAUUCAUCACGUUCCUACUUCCAAUAAAUCUGAAGUAAAGCAUAAAUUAUUUGGAAUGAGAAUGCCAUCAUCAGAACCAGAUACUCAAAACUAUCAUCAAAAGUAUCGUAACCUGAAAAGAAAACUGAAGUUUUUAAUAUAUGAAAAUGAAUGUUUUCAAGAUGAAUUGAAAAAAUCUCAAAGAAAAUUGCUCAAAGUUUCCCGAGAUAAAAGCUUUCUGCUUGACCGAUUACUGAGAUAUGAAACUGUUGAAUCAUCAUCUACUGACUCGGAAGCCACUGUUUCAAGUGAUUCUGACAGUGAGUUUAGAGCUGAACUUAUGACCUUAAAAAAGAAAAGAACUUCAGUAAAUACUGAAAAUCAAGACACUGGUGCCGGAUCCUCAACGGCUAAUAAUGUUCCAGCUGAGCCUAAGAAGAAGAAAGCUAGAAAAGCUCCAGCUCCAGUUAAACCAGCCAAUGCAUCACAGCCUGCUGUGUCAAAUAUUAAAACUGAACCAUUAGUAGUGAGUCACCAUGAUGGGCAUAUGACUUCAGAAGAAAUUGAAAGACACUUAGAAGCAAAACUAGAAGCCAAGCAAGCACAUCUCAGAGAUUUAAUACCUGAAAAAACACCUUUAACUGUACCUGUAGAAAUGUUUAGCAAUGAACCUGUACUGGAGUGUGAUAUACUUGAAAACAGAGUAGUAACUGAAAUAACUCCAAAUGCAGUUGCAGAAAAUGUUAGCAUUAUGAUGGACAUUCAUGAAUGAUAGGUCACAUUAAUUACUAAUUAAAUGAUAACUAUACUAUCUCAUGUAUUUAUUAAUGUCAUAACUUAUUUUCCAUAAAAUAAAAUGUAAUUUUUACUAAAUAUGUCAUUGUAAUUGUAUAUGCUGAGUUGUACAUUAUUUAGAAUUCUUUUAAGUUACUUUUUAAAAUUGUAUAUUUUACUUUGCACUUCAGUUGUAAAAUGUUAUGUAAAAACUGUAAUGUCUUAUUUUUAGUAAAAUUUGUACUAUGUUCAAAUAAAUUUCUUUUUUAAAAAAAA